CAUUCCAACCAAUGGGAGCGCUCGCUUUUGGGGUACUGAAUGUAGACGGCAACCGACCCGAGCAGCCUCGAUCUGUGCAUACUGCCAGUAAAUGCUGUCAGCUCCUAAAAGGCUGUAACUGAACGUAAUAUUUCACUGUCCUGUUUAUACAGGUUUUUGUGUUCCCACAUUCAUUACACCCUGGGCGUGAUAUGUUAUUCCUCGAUCGGCGAAGAGCGUUAUGAACGGAAGUCUACCGCAUGGUCAAAAGAUUUUGAAAGAGAUCGGUAGCUCGGCGAAUGCAACCAAAGAAGAUAUUCAUUUGUACGCUGAGCACCUAGGAAUCGUUCUUCCCGAUGAGCAAAAUCUGCUUUGGAUUGCUCAGGCCGGUCUUGAGGUGUCGCUGCCGCCACCGUGGUGUCCCGUGGAAGAUUCUCAGGGAAGGAUUUACUAUUACAAUUCGGUUACGAAAGAGGCCAAAUGGGAGCAUCCCUUGGAUUCUUACUACAAAGCUGUGGUCAAGAAGGAGAGACUCAAGGCAAGUGCACGAGCCGCUACUGCAGAGUCAAAUGUAGAAGACAGCGGUGCUUCACUGAUGUCCUCUCUAGACGACAUUCCACCCUUGUCCUCAUUCGCAAGAGCUUCAGAUGCUGAUCGAACUGUUGUUCCCUUCUCACGUCUCAAGAAAGUGAAAAAGGGGUUCCUGUCUAAGUCCUGUCCAACCAACCUUCACAUGCUAGCAGUGAAUUCAGGACCUUUAGUAAAGGCUUUCUUUGUGCAGCAAACAGACACUGACUCGGAAUCUCACACUGCCACUCUUCGCAAUCAAGACGAACAUGCCAUUGUGCGGGACCUGCUCACCCAGAAGCAGGCGCUCGAGUUUGAGUUAGAGCGACUGAAGCGGGAGGUGCAGAAGUACCAGCGAAUCAGAGACCAGUUGAAAGCAUCCGCCAAGCAAGAGUUAAUCCAACUUGGAACCAGUUCACUAACUCACAGAGCACGAAACCACAAGCACGCCAUUGCAGACGAGAAGCAAGAACAGAAUUCCCAAGAUAAAGGACCUGCACUGCCAGGUGAUGCAUCUGGAACAAAGACCAAAGGUGAGAGCAGCAAGACCAUCAAGGGAGCAGCCACUGGAAGUCUCUCUGGCCGCUCCUCGUUGGGUCACAAAGAUCUUCUCCGGCUCAGUCAACGACUCGCUCACCUGCGUCAUCGACAUCUGCAGCUGUCCCUACGUGCUGCUCAGCAAGUUGCUGAGGAUGCUCUUGCCAGUUAUGUCGUGCCCCAUACUUCUGGCUCCGAGAUCCCCAGCAAGGACUUGGUGGUGUCAUCCAUAAAGCAGCUGGUACCAUCCUCAUCGUCCGACCUAGUUCCUCAUCGGACAGCAAGAGCACUGACCAGUAUUCCUCACGCAGAAAUGGAAGCAGUUCACGGCAGUCCUCCAACACAUUAUUGGAAACCGUACAUGUCUCAACAGCAAGAUGGACGGCCUCCUCAACAGUGGUCUCGAGCUGAGUGGACAACGAAGUUGUCACAGCUACGCUGGAGCCUCAGGGAAUGUGAACUCCAACAGCUGCUUAUCAAGUAGUCACUCCUUCGCUGCCAAGAGGAAGGCACGUAGUUUCAUGUAAUUAUAAAGGUACUAGUCAUCACAAGAAUCUCAGGUAACGGUGUUACGUGCAGCUGCUGAAAAACAAAAAGCAACAUAUGUCUUGUGAAUAUGUUCAAUAUAGAUGGAGUACCCAAAAGUCACUGGAAUGUUUUUCUGAAGCACACAUGUAUUUUUAAAAACAUUUCUGCAACUAUUUUUUUUUAACUUGUACAAAUGUGUGUAUUACAUAGUUAAAUAUACUGCUGCAUAUAAAUUAUGUUCUGUUCUCGAAUAAUUGUCAUUCACUGAUAGCAGCAUUCUGCUUUACACUUACAAUAUGUAUUAGUAAUUGUCUUGUGUAACCAUUCCCCUCCUCUGCCCCUCUGUCUUUUGACCUUGAUGAUGUUUUAAAUAAGUAAGUAAAAUAUCUUAUUAAACUUACGUAUAUUGCUAUUGCAAGGAAUUAUGAAUCUUUGUAGCAAGUGCUGUAUAUACCGUACCUCCACAUUGAUUAGAACAUUUGUUGUAUACUUUGCAAUGUUCAGUAAUUUUGUGACAUAUUGUGAAGCAGAGAGUGCACAUGCAAUUCUGUUUCCUUACAUUGGUAUCACUUAUGUUUUAUCUUUUUUGUUUAAGUUUUCUCAGCACGCUCAGCAAAUUUGUAGCAGUAUUCAAUGUAAGCACAUGAUGCACACAUAUACUUCACUUUUACUUGACAAUAUUAACUGAUGUGAGCUCCGUGACAUGUUGUAACUUCUAAUGCUCAUCCAAUAUAUUUAGGCAACAUUCACUGAUUUAACAACUAUAUUGAAGUUUACACGUUACCUAUAAAGCUACACGGUAACAAGAAUUGACUGGUUAGCUAGCUCCUCUUAGAUAUGCGUACAUGCCGGAAAAUUUUUUUUGCUACAUAACUGUGGCAACAGCACAGUUAAACAUUGCUGAUCGUUCAUCAAAAACUUACCUUAUCAUGGUUCAUUUUUAACUGGUUUGUUUGCUGUCCUCAUUGAAGUGGGGGGGAAAAUGUUUGUACGCUGAAUCUUGCUGAAGGCGUCAACUUCACCGGCUUGUAAAAUUGCUGAUCAUGUAAGUUGUGUAAAAAACCUGUUUCUCACACACUGUAUUUGUUCUUUGCUGAAAUCUGUCUCAGUAUUGGUACAAGUUACAUAUAUACUACGUAUGGAUGAAAUGUAAUGCACCAAAUUAUCCAUAUAAAGCACCAGGUGCAGCACUUUGCACACAAACACUGAAAACAGCACACUAGCCGCACGUAAUGGCCUGUUCGACCACUAUGAUGUAUUUGUAAGAAAAAGUUGCAGUUACUUUUGGGUACCCCCUGCAUGUACAAGGUACUUCUCAGAAUGUCUACCUGAAAUGAAAUGCUCAUUUUUAUUGUGACAGUGAAUAGCGCUACUAGGAAGCAAAGGUCAUAAAGAGAGGUCCCUGCGGUCUGAAUCUCACCGAGUGAGGCAUCAUUGAGCAUGAAGUGUUUUAUAUGUAUACCUCCAGUGCAACAUGUCCUCCUCUUGCUGUUCAGGGUUUGCAUUAAACCCACUAAGACGUUUAGACAUCAUAAUAAUAGUUUGUGAUUAGCCAGGACACAUACCUUAGCUUUAUUUUUGUUGGUCAUUGUGAUCAUCUCUAUUGCAGCCAAUCGCAAAUUUUUGCUAAUGCAGAAAUGAAUUUAUAAACUUUGUUUCUGCAUUUGUAUAAGCAUUUAGAAAACAGUAGCCACAACUGAUAGGUUGCGUGCCAGGUGUCGGCUUCGAAAAGAACUCGAGCAGGUCAGAGACCUUAUAGGUGAAGUGCUAGGCUAUGAAACGAAAAAUUGUAGAAGUACAUUCUCUGUCGCUAAGCAACCAGAGACUGUGUGGUAUGAUAUAUGGCAUUCACAGCUUGUAAUGAUGGCAUGAAAAAACAAACAUUAAAGGGACACUAGUGAACAACACUAAAUCAGUUUAGGCUGUUAAAGUCAUGCUUUCAAAACUAUAUUUUCAUUGAUUUUGCAGUAAUUAGGAUGAUUAUUACUGAAGAAAAUGUAAGGGACAAACUUCCCUUUUGUGAAUUUUGUGCCAGAACAUCAGCGGCCAUAAUGUCAGUGUGACAGCAUGGAUUUCAAAGUAUAUUGUGUCGUACUUGGGCUGUUUUGGGUGCUGGAGAAGUUCCCAAAACUUGAUCAGAUGUCUCUCUGGUUUCUUUGGAGUGAAUGUAUUUUUUUUCUUUACUGACAAAACAAUUAGCAGGACCUGAGCAAAUGCGGUCAAAAUCCACAAUGGCACGGCGAGCUGGUGCACGAACUUCACGGCGGCAUCACCGCUUGUCUGUCGUUUGUGCAUCAUUUCUGGCUAACGAAGCCUCCUCUCAUGGUAAAAGUGGUUGUUUUACUAUAGAAGGUUUCCAUGUUGGACCCCGCAGUGACUGCCUCUUCAGAGUAACGGAAGACAAUCCUGGAAGCCAUGCUUUUGCGUACUGCAGGUGCUAGAAGCUAUGUCGUAGCCAUUAUGUUUUGAAGAACACCUAUAGCAGAAGCGUAAUUUACUAAGGCAGCUUAGCCUAAUAGUCCUCCUUAGUGUCCCUUAAAUCCGAGUUUACUAGCCUGCAGGCCUAGCAUCAGAAAGUUACGUGUGCCAACGAAUGCUGCUGGUGCACACAGCUUUUCCACAGUGUGCUCGCACACUGAAGUAAACUGAAUUUUUUUUUAGGACCUAAAGACGUGACGACUAAAGACGUGACAUUCUUAAGAAGGAUUUGAUAUCUAUAGCUGUAGAGUAGCCAUUUAAAUUGUGCAGCAUGUGGGCUGCAUGCAGCUCACAACCUUGUGUCCAGAUCGCGUGGCCAUGGCAAUGCCCAUGGAGAAUCAUUUGCCACAUACUAUAUAUGAAACCCCAUGCCUGGGCCAUAUGGUGGAACCAUUCUUUUUAUUUUUCAUUCUUUCUGCCCUUUAUCAUUGGCUCCCAUGAAGCCAGAACCCCGCUGUUGCUGGGUUUGGAUACCCUAUGGGAUGUAUAAGAAGUGAAUGGAAUUCUUUUUUUUUUAUUCUCUAUAAGAUGUGGGCACCCAUGGAAUAAAUAACUCAG